AUGAAGCUACCAUCUCGCAGUCCAGGGGAGGCGGGGGGUGGGGGCACCACCAUCUCCACAGCAAAACCAAAGUGCACGGCUGUUAACUCCCCCGACAGGACUCCUGCAGGCACCCGUCUGAUCGGUUCCAGGUGUAGUGGUGCGGCGACCAUCCAGUCUCGCCUGUCUACUCUCUGCUCCCCACGUUUCGCACCACCUGAGCUCCCAAUUCAUGCUUCACCUCCGCGUCAUAUCGACACAGCUAAUGCAAAUAACAACAUAAACGUCGCGGCCCUGAUGGACCACUCACCUCCCCAAUCGUCAGUCCGGCUAGGCAGCCAGAAGCUGUCACUUGAGGGGCACCUCGAUCAGCCGUUACCACUGCCCCGGUUUACCUCGUCACCCACAAGGGACUCCGCAUCGGAAGCCCUGAUUUUGGAUGAAGUUGGCAGCCGAGGAGGAGGAGUUGUCAACCGCCACCAGGUUGUUCCCCCAUCACCGCCCUUCUCAGUUAAGUACGCCUGGGAGACCACUUUCUCUCUCCUCUCACAGGAGGAGGCCGAGGAAGAGGAUGAGGAAGAGGAUUCUGCUGUGGUCUCGCCGGGACCUUUCAGUCCGCCAUCUACCUCCUCCGGGCAGGAUGUCGGCUCCGGCAGUUUCCUCUCUAAGAAACACAGGCGAAUGUCGAAAAGUCUGCCCAACUUUUCA